AUGGACCAAAGGAAAGUGAAUACCUUCGCCUUUCUCGACGAUGGGUCGUCCUUGACACUUAUUGAGGAUAGCCUGGCGAAGAAACUUGGUGUUAAUGGUGUUAAGGCGCCACUAUGUUUGCUGUGGACGGGGAAUAUGACUAGAACGGAGAACGAUUCGAAGCAGUUGUCGUUAAUCGUUUCGUCGACUGAUGGGAGAAAGUAUUCACUGGAAGAAGUUCAAACCGUUAAGGAGCUAUCAUUACCUACGCAAACACUUUCGUACGAUCAGCUGUCGAAGCAGUACGGCCAUCUCAAGGGACUGCCGGUGGCGAGCUACACCAAAGCAGUUCCAAAACUGCUGAUCGGAGUUAACAACCUGGAGUUGAUAGUCCCAUUGAAGACGCGCGAAGGAAUUAGACGCGAACCAGUGGCUGUGAAAACAAGAUUAGGUUGGUGUAUAUAUGGUGGUUCAGCGGACUACAGUCAGAUGGCGUCGAUCAACUACCAUGCCUGUGGGUGUGUCGCCGAUCAAACGCUGCACGAUCUCGUCAAAGAUUUCUUCACCACGGACGAAGUUGGAACGAAACCAGUAGCACCACUUGUGUCGGAUGAAGAGAAGCGUGCACAACGAAUACUAGAGGAGUCAACUGUCCGGGUAGGCGACCACUUCGAGACCGGCCUUCUGUGGAAAUUCGACCACAUAGAGCUCCCCGAAAGCUAUAACAUGGCUCUGCGGCGGCUUGAGUGCCUGGAAAGACGUAUGAACCGGAAUCCAGAACUGAAGCAAGCAUUACAACAACAACUGGAAGACUACCAACAGAAAGGCUAUGCCCAUCGCGCAACCAAAGAAGAACUAGCUAACGGCGACAUACGCCGUGUGUGGUAUCUACCGCUAGGAGCAGUUGUUAACCCUCGUAAACCGGGAAAGGUUCGCAUGAUAUGGGAUGCAAGAGCGGCAGUCAAUGGUAUCUCACUAAAUUCAGUGCUGCUAAAAGGUCCGGAUCAGCUGACUUCGCUUUCCGGUGUACUAUUGCGCUUUCGUCAGUUUAAUGUUGGAGUUUCUUCAGAUAUAAAGGAAAUGUUCCAUCAAAUCUACAUACGGAAAGAAGACCGCCACUCUCAACGAUUCCUUUGGCGCAACGAUCCUUCCGACGUACCAGAGGUGUAUUUCAUGAAUGUAGCCACCUUUGGUUCAACUUGCUCCCCAGCGGCAGCCCAAUAUGUGAAAAACAAAAACGCCAAAGAUUACCAAGAAUUGUAUCCCCGAGCGGUCGAAGGCAUUCUUAACAACCACUACGUGGACGAUUCGCUAGAGAGCUAUGAAUCUGUUCACGAAGCUAUCGAAGUCUCCCAACAAAUGCGUUUCGUUCACCAGCAAGCCGGUUUCGAACUGAGGAAUUGGCUAUCGAACAGCAGUGACCUUUUGAUUGCUUUGGGAGUAUCUAUGGAUUCAUCCAAACAAGAUAAGGCUUUUACUACUGACAAACAAACAGACUAUGAUCGGGUUCUCGGGCUCUUGUGGUUGACGCAGGAAGACGCCUUCAGUUUCUCAACUGAAAUGAAACCUGAAAUCGUUAAUUCGUUAAGAGACGAUGAACGUCCUACAAAAAGACAGAUGUUGAAGUGUCUGAUGUCGCUCUUUGACCCACUCGGCCUACUGAGCCUCUUCGUGGUACAUGGCAAAAUCUUGCUGCAAGAAGUAUGGAGAGAAGGGAUACAAUGGGACGAAAAAGUGAAUGACGGUCUGCAUCAAAGGUGGAAAAAUUGGACAAACCUGAUCAAGGAUGUCGCAAGUCUUAAGAUACCUCGCUGCUACUUCCCAGGUGCUACCAAAGAGCGGUACCGAAAUCUCCAACUGCACAUAUUUGUGGAUGCCAGCGAAUCUGCGUAUUGCGCAGUAGUCUACUUUCGCACUUCGAACUCCGACGGUUUCCCCGAGUGUGCACUUGUCUCGGCGAAAACAAAGGUGGCCCCGCUGAAGACUGUUUCAAUACCUCGCUUGGAGCUGCUAGCCGCAGUGCUCGGUGCUCGUCUCUCACAGUUCGUCGAAGAAAACCACACACUGAAAGUUACACGAAAAGUCUUCUGGAGCGACUCCGCAACAGUUCUUUCCUGGCUGCGAGCUAAUCAUCGCAGAUAUAAACAAUUUGUAGCCUGCAGAAUAGGAGAAUUAAUUACGACCACCGAUGUCGAAGACUGGCGUUGGGUUCCCUCCAAAGAAAAUCCAGCCGACAUUGCCACGAAGUGGGGAAAUGGCCCAGACCUAAACGCAAACAGUGUCUGGUUCAAGGGACCAGCGUUCCUUCAACUAGCGGAAUCAGAAUGGCCGGUACAACGAACGUUGACGUCACCUACCGAAGAAGAGCUACGUCCUUGCUUCGUUCAUGGGACAGUUCAAACUGCUGGAGGUUUGAUGGAACUAGAUAGAUUUUCUCAACUGAAACGUGCUAUACGGUCCGUCGCCUACGUGUACCGAUUCAUAAGCAACAUCAAGAAGAAGCUAGCAAGACAUGAGUUAUUCGUAGGUCCAUUAUCCUCAGAAGAGCUACGAAAGGGAGAAAGUCUACUAAUCCGCGAGACACAGUGGCAGUGCUUCCCAGAUGAGAUGGUGACCUUGAUAAGCAACCAGACGAAACCUCCAAAUGAGCGAAUCUAUGUGGGAAAAAGCAGCGCUCUCUAUCAGCUAUGUCCAAUCUUAGACGAACAAGGCAUCAUUCGAAUGGAUAGCAGAAUAGCGGAGGCUCCAAAUGUCAGGAAGGAGAUGAAAUUUCCAGUAAUCCUUCCUAGGAGUCACAAGUUCACUACCUUGCUGCUGGAAUACUAUCACCGUAAGUACCGACACGGCAACACCGAAACUGUCGCGAACGAAGUUCGUCAGCUGUAUUAUGUCCCGAGACUCAGAAGGGCGAUUAACAGCGUUGCCAAAGCGUGCCAGUGGUGUCGCGUGUACAAGAGCUUACCGCAGAUUCCCCGCAUGGCGCCGCUCCCGUUAGCCAGGAUGGCGUCAUUCGCCAGACCCUUUACGUAUACUGGCCUGGACUUUUGGACCGUUGACGGUGAAGUGCACAUCGAGGUGGCUCAUAAUCUCACUACGGACUCGUGCGUCAAAUGUAUUCGACGCUUCAUCUGCCGCCGAGGUGCACCGGCCGAGAUCUAUUCAGACAACGGCACGAAUUUCGUGGGAGCCGCUAGACUACUGAAGGAGCAAAUUGAGGACCUGGCCGUAACUUUCACUGGGACCACUACCAAUUGGGUAUUCAAUCCGCCUGGAACUCCGCACAUGGGUGGAGCCUGGGAGCGGAUGGUCCGCUCUAUCAAAGUGGCGGUGGAGACGUCGUACAACAACCAUCGCAAGCUGGAUGACGAAGCGUUGAUUACAUUCAUGGUGGAAGCCGAAGCUAUCGUUAAUACACGACCACUAACGUAUUUGCCACUAACGUCGGACGAGAGCGAGGCACUCACACCGAACCAUUUCUUGCUGGGAAACUCGUGUGGCGUUCGGCAACCAGUGGUCGAGGCAACCGAUGCAGCGCAAGGUAUACGGUCGUCAUGGCAUCAAGUACAGCACCAGCUGGAUGUGUUUUGGAGAAGAUGGAUCAUGGAGUACCUCCCACACUGA